UAUGCAAAAAAUUCAAAACUUUAUAGAAAACAAUAAAGCAGUUGUUGCUAUUGCUGCUGUUGCUGCUGCUAUAGGUAUUGUUGGAAUAAAAGUAUUAAAUUCAGAAAAUAGAGGAAGUGGUAAUAGUUUUUCUAUUUAUUAGCUAAGAUCUUGGAUGCAAGUAUAUAAAAAGUUCCUUUAAUUGAAAGACUAGGUGGCGAGUAAGCAGUUUAACCAAUGAUAUAAAUAUUAUUCGAUCGUAUAUCAAAUAAUAAGGAAUUGAAGCCACUUUUUUAAAAUGCUGAUAAGAGUGUAUAUUAAUUUAAUAUAUUUUUUUAGAAAAAUUCAUAGCAUUUUAAUGCUGUAGUUUUGUAUUUAUUUGGAGGACAAGUAAAAUCAUAAUAAAAUUUUUAAAAUCAUUGCAAACUUAAUAUUACCGAAGCUUAAUUUGAAAUUAUUCUAAAUCUUUUAGAUUAAGUUCUUCAAAAUUUAGGAGUAGACAAUAGAGAAAUCAAUGAUGCAAGAGAAGCAUUUUUAACCAUGAAAUAAUAAAUUGUUAGUCCAAAUAAAAGUGGUUGAU